CAAAUCACGCGUUUCAUCGCACCGACAGAUCGGAGGACAUGAGGUUGGGAGCUAUCAAACGGCCCCAUCGCCUGCACACUGGUUUUGUGAUUUUGUCCUCUCCACCCGCAACCUCUCUGCACAUGGUGUGCAAAUAUGAAUUUUAUAAUUUUACCCUUGAUGGAUGGUGUCCAUGAGCUACAGGGCAGCCUUUCUGUUAUUACACGACAAGUGAAGGGUAUUUGCACAAAGCAGGCAGACGGAUCAACGCCUUGAGCAGUUCAACCUCCACUCUCACCGAAGAACUUCUUUAUUUGCUUCCCCUGCCCCUAUAAACUAUUCCGCUGUCGGGUCUGAGUUUCUUUGAGCGUUGGAUCUCAAAUGUAGAGAUAGUUCCUUCGAGCACAACCGGAUAGCGAAUUGUUAAGGGAUGAGAUGGAGAGCUUCACGGCAGAGGAUCUUUCCACGAUCGGAGGAAUCGCCACGGUCUCCCUUCUCCAUUCGUUCAUCCCGACGCAUUGGCUCCCGUUCUCUAUCGUAGGGCGUGCUCAGAAAUGGACGCUCUCGCGGACGCUUCUUGUCACUGCAUUUGGUGCUGUUUUGCAUGUGAUUUCAACUUCACUUCUUGGGAUAACUGCAAUUACAAUGGCAAACACUAUUGCUGGAGAGGAAACAGUGCACAGACUUGCUUCACUCUUGCUUGUUAUUCUCGGAGGAAGUUACAUUCUGUUAUUCAUGCUUGGGAAGGGUGGCCACAGCCACUCCCAUAACCAUCCCAUGGAGAAGAUGGCUGUUGCAGGUCUUGUCCUUGUUCCAGCCUUGUCUCCUUGUGCGACUACACUCCCUGUGUUCCUGGCAGUGGGAAAUUCAUCAUCAAUGAUGGUUCUUGCAAUCAUAGUGCUUUUGUUCAGUACUAUAACUGUUAUGGUAUCUCUGGUGGCACUGUCCUUCUAUGGCGCUAGCCAGCUGAAGUUUCACUGGGUGGAGCGAUAUGACAAGCUUCUUGUGGGCACAGUUCUGUGUGUUGUUGGCAUCUUAACAUUUGUUUUCCAUGACCAUCACCAUGAUGAAGGCCACACGACUGAAGUGCAGUUACCUAGAAAGGUUAUAACCUUGUAAAAGCUAUAUUGGCAACUUUCCAAUUUUCUAUUGAAUUCAUGCAUUCUAAAUCAGAGGACUGCCUAUAGAAGAAACUGAACAGGAAUCUUUUUUCAUGACAAGUGCGUGUGGUCUCUUUACAUUGUUCA